CUCUCGCUGCCCUCCUUCGAGGCCACACUUUACCCGACCAGGCCAUUGACACUAUCCCACACAUGUCCUUUGAUUGUUGAAAUGGCCAAAUUGCCCCUCGCCUGGCCUGAUCUUGUCCUGCGCUUUUUCGCCUGUCAAACCUCAAUGAACCCGUGGGACAGACGCUGUCAGGUUCUCUCCUCGCAAACACCGGCCCUGCUCGAGGCUCUUUUGUUCCUGAGUUAUAUUUUCUUACCACCUUUCCCUGCGACUCUCCUGUAAUCCCUCUCACCCACCCAGCCUCAGCCUUUUUCUGCUCGUCGAAUCACCUUGGUCGACGUCAAGCCGAGCCUGUCAUCCCGGUCUUACCACUUCGUGUUCUUCAUCUUUUCUUCGCCUGACUCACCUUUUGUUUGCGCGUACAACGACCACCCCCCCUCUCCCCUCCCCCUCCUCGCGGAAUACCCCGCCCAUCCGAUGUCCGCCACUCCUGCUUGGACCAACACCUGAGGUUGUAAACUCGCAGGCAGCUUUUCUGACAGCUUUUGUCCCUCCCCCUUCGUUCGCUGACCGCAUACCUGCCGCAGGAUGUGCCCCGGGUCUUUCGGAUUGUAUGGUUGAUCCAAUACUUUUUCACGGUCUUCGGCCUUGACUAAAGGCUCUCUCACCCUUUGCCAUCUGUCAGGUACAAUGAAUACGUGGGAGAGUGGAGUAGCCGUUGCUCGCCGAGAACAACUGACCCUAGAAAAAGGCCAUUAUGAUAAACUUGCAGCAAACUUGUCUCGCUCGGUCCAGGAACAAGGCACACAGCGUCAGGUACCCCGAGUCCAGGGAUCCGUGUCCUCCCCGCCCAGUCCUUUUUUCCGCCCUCUUUGCUCCGGAUGUCGUCCUAACGUACUGUAUCAGAUGACUCUUUUCCCCUGCUCUCCUGAUAUCCUCGAGUCAUACCCAGUACACUUCUUGAUCGCCAAUCUUCACCGACAACCUGGCUGAACUUAUUGCCUCCAACAACAACCAUGACGCGAAUGAGCUAAGCUGGCAGGAAAUAGCAUGUGAUAAGAAAACCUAUGGUGCGUGCGUGCGUGCGUUCGAGACCGUUCAUUCGACCCCGCAUGAUUCCUAG